CAGACAUUAUGGCAAUGCUCAGGGUGUCUUCUUACCGCAAGCUGUUUGAGGAUGAAAGCUGGAGUAGAGACGUGGGUUUGAGUUCACGGUGUGCAGGACGGUACCGGGCCUCUGCCAGAGAUGCAGCUGUUCACAAGCGCGACUGUAUAAAUGUAGACUUUGAAGCUUCCAAAGCUCUGAACAAAGAGGGUCUGAGUCGGUUUGUCCAGGAACGCUCAUCCCUCGCUUCCCUCAACGACCGUCUGGUUCAACUAAUUGAACUGGCUCAUUGUUUUGAGGAGGAGAACAAGGCUCUGGAAAGUGAGAUCGCUGAACUGGACGAGGUGAUGAAUAAUAAACAGACUUCCGGCAAGGUGUCAGCUGUCCCUGAUUACAGUUUGGAUGCAGUGGUGGAAAAACUACGCAGGCAGAAGGAUGAGAUUCUUGGUGAAACAGAAGAACUAACAGAAGAGCUUGAGCGUGUUUGCCAAGAGUAUGAGAAGGUUGCACAUCAGAGGAUCCUCAUUCAGCAGGAACAGCGAGGUGUUUCCGAGGAAGUAAAUGCUGUGACUGCAGAGUGUUUGGCACUGAGGGAACAAGUGUCCAUCUACGAGGAACAGCUGGCCAACAUGGAGGCCAAGCACAGGAUGGAAGUGGAAAGUCUACUUAAUCCAGAUGAAAGGACUCUGAGAGCAGCAGUGAUUACAUUUGGCAGUCCUGACAUCACUCCGGCCUUGGAUGUAAAGGAGUUCUACCAGCAGCUGGCUGAGAGCCUCCAGUUUGAGGGCAGCACUUCCUCUUCUGCUGUAGCUCGCCGAGGGGAUGGAAACAGGCUGGAAGGGGGAGGAGCUGAGGGGUCGAGGGUCAAAAACCUGCCAGAGAUAAAGGAUGUCAGUGAGAUGAAUGCACUGAUUUCAGAACUUAUAGAAGAGCUCACAGAUCUGGAGAAGCGUAAUGAGGAGCUGGAGGAAGAAGCUGAGAUCAAAACGACUGCAUACAUGGAUGAAGUUGCUGAAUUAGAGUGUUCUAUGGAAGAAUUAAGGCAGCAGGAGGCUGAUCUCAAAUCACAGAUGAAGGAGCAAUGUGAAGAGUACAAGGAGCUGCUGAAAGAGAAGAUGGCGAGACACAUGGAGAUCGCUGCCUACAGGAGUCUGGUGGAGGAAGAAGAGGACAGGCUGUGCUGCCUGUGAUUAAAGACUUCGAUUGACUGGAUGGAGUUUGACUGGAUGCUUCCCUGACACCCGGAUUAGAACAUAGGCAAUAAAGAAACACGAAAAACAGAUCCCAAAGCAGCACUUUGAUGAAGUUUAAGGUACAAAUGCAGCAGUUUGAGUAAAUGUUUGCUUAUCAUGAUAGAUUAAUGCUGUCUAGAGGCCUAAGCCGGACCAUUGAUAACAGGUCACAUGGUGGAUGACCUGGAGACUCCCAAGAAGGAUGGACCUGUCGAAAACUUAUACGGGGGUGUAUAUCUAUUCAGCGUCUGGCAGAGACAUUUCUCUAACUGGGUUUUAUCUUCACCAGCUUGCUGAUUCAUUAUUGUUUCGUCCCCUCUUUGUCGAACGACGUUCACACAAACACAAAUACACAACGACACGGCUCCAUGGAGUCACUCCUGCUCAGAUAUCACCUCGUUCGUCACUCAAAUGUUGUCUGAUCAGCAGCUCUUAACCUGUGACCCUAUAGCUGUUAUCAAACGUACUGACAGGCCUCUCCUCACUAACUAAAAGCAUCUCACCUCCUUUUGUUUUUACAGCUACAUGCUUUGAGUGUGCAGUACUGUGUUUGCCUUUCAAAUCGUUCAUGAAGUUUUUUUUUCCGCAACCCACUCAAAAUGGGCACCUGUCUUUCCACAACAAAAGUCUGAGUGAUUCAUUAUUUCCUUUUGGAAACGCAGCAACCCAUUUCGCUUCAUUUCAAGAAUAAGCGCUUGGUAAUGCAUUCUUCACUAAUCUUUUCCUUGUUUUCAGCACAUAAAAGUUAUAAAUCAUUUUUUGGUUGCUGUCUCUGCACAAGCGUUAAAAUGUACUUGAGAUUUAGAUUAAAUAAAAAUAAAAUGUUGCUUGAGAGAUGGUUUUGAUGUCUGAUUUCUAGUUUAUGAGAGCAACACUUUGAGGAGAGCAGAAGGGUUCACGAUGAGGGAUUUUAACUCUGAUCUUCAUCCUUAACGUGAGGUUUGAACAUUCUCAGCUAAUAAUGAUCUGAAAAGCUCGUUAGCUUUGGCAUAAAGAUGAAAAAUGCAGCUAAUAAGAGAUCAGAUUAGAUUAGCCACACUCAUGAACUUGUGUUGAUGGUGAGUAACAACUGGGCUCUGGUGACUUGUUUAACUCUCCGGGUGGGAAACUCGGGCGUUUCAGAGAGAAGCUGUUGUCUGUUUUCUCUGGUCUAAGAGGAGAGAAGCUGUUUUUUCUUGCUGAAUUUUAUAUAAAGCAGCACAACCACCUGGUGUUCUUAAACUCACAUUUGACCUUUCUUCAUCCUGUAAUAAAUUGGGGAACAUUUGUGACGGAGAUAGAUAAAAGGAGAAUAACUGUCCCUCGUAAAGUUGUUUUUACUAACAGCUACCUUCUACUCAGCUGGCUGUUGCAAAAUACACAAAAUAAACACAACAAAAACAAUGAAGUUACACAACAUCCUGUCAUUUUUAAAAAAUGUGUUCAGCUUUUUGAUUGAUAAACAGGACAAAUAAGGUUUAUCUGUUAAAAUUCUCAUGAAGGUACCAAAUGAAAAAGUCAGUGGAGCGUCUAAUUAUGGAGAUUAAUGUUUUGAGUGAUAAAAAUGUUUGCUCUGCAUCCGUCCAUCUUCCUCCAGGGUCGGGUCACGGGAGCAGCAGCCUAAUAAAGCAGAGAGGCCCAGACUGGCCCAGCUCCUCUGGUGAAAUCCUAAGGUGUUUCCAGUGAGAGACAUAGUCCCUUCAGCAUGUCCUGGGUCUUCCCUUACGUCUCCUCCCAGUUGGACGUGCCCAGAAAACUGCAGGGAGGCGUCCAGGGAGGCGUCCUAAUCAGAUGCCUGAGCCACCUCAACUAGCUCCUCUCGAUGUGGAGGAGCAGCAGGUCUACUCUGAGCCCCUCCCGGAUGACUGAGCUUCUCACCCUAUCUCUCAGGGAGAGCCCAGACACCCUGCAGAGAAAACUCAUUUUAGCCGCUUGUAUCUGCGAUCUCAUUUUUCCUUCUCCUUUCGGCUCAGCUCUCUCUUCACCAUGACAGAUUGGUACAACACCAGCAUCACUGCAGACUCACCAAUCUCACUCGUGUUCCAUCUUUCCCUCUCUCUUGAACAAGACCAGGAGAUACUUAAACUCUGCCACUUGAGGCAGGACCUCAUCUCUGACCCGGAGAAGGCAUUCUACCCUUUUCUGA